AUGCUGCGACGUCGGACGCUUCUGAUUCUCAUCUGUUGCGUCGUUGUCGUCGACUCGCGGAAGUAUCGACGGAUGAAUGAGGUUUGAUGUCCUUCGGAUUGCGUGGGCAAAAAGACGUCAGUUAGGGGAGCGCGGGGAGCAAUUGGAUUGAAUUUGGAUGGAAACAACGGACAAUUGAAUGCAAAACAAAGCAAAAGUUUUGGAGAGAUGAACGGAGCAAGAAGAAGAAGAAGAAGAAGAAGAAGAAGAAGAAGAAGAAGGAGAAAGAGAAAGAGAAAGACUAAUUCGAUUUGGGAAACAGUAAAUCUUCCGGGGAAAUGGCAAAAAAGAAAACCUUUUGAGUUUACUCGAAAAGCAUCCAGAACAUCAGUAAUUCCCAACUGUGAACAAAAGAGCGCAUUGUUCACUGGACGCCGUGAGUUUUCUAGUUCCCCGGUGGGUCCCCGUGAGCAGAUAGACCUCUGGUGAUGUCAGGGAAGAGCACUACUGGUGGCAAAUAGGUCUGCGCCGGCAAUUAGCCGCGGCGAAAUUGAAAAGUAGAGAAACCCGCUGGCACUCGGAAAUGAGUUUCGAUGAAGUACUUUUCAGAAAGAAAAAGAGAACAACAAAAAAAGAAGAACGAGUUGCAGAUUGUGAUCCACAACCACGCGGAAGCCAACGUGCGGAUCAGAUGUCAAUCCAUCAAAUCAGACUUUAAGGAUACGUUUAUGGGGCCGAUGGACGAGAUGUCUUUCAGUUCUACGACAUCGACAGAGGUGAGUUGCGGAAGGAAGUGAAGGGAGAGAAAGAUGUAAUAAUAGUUUCCGAAGGGGGGAGUAGGGGGGAGGAGUAUGUACUUGAGGAGCUGCUGGAGAAGGAGCACGAAAACCGAGAAGAAGAAGGCGCACGGCAGGAAGGAUUAGAAGCUGUGUGAGGAAAAGAAGUUAAUUAGAAAGAAAAACGACGGAGAACAAAUGAUGUGAUGCGUGGAUGUGUGGAUGCGUGUGUCUUAGUGCCAGAAUUAUGAGCACGGUGACUGUGGAGCAAAGCUCAGAACUUGUGAAGCCAAGAAUGAGGGCGGUGGGGGUGGAGGGAACGAUCGGUUUCCGGUGCAAAUGUCAGUGGGUUCACUGCACACGAAGUCAGCUGAUUUUUGAAAUGAAGUUUACCUCCGGCUGCUUUUGCAGGAACCAUGUGACCCAGGAAAUAGGAAACAUCCAGAAGUUUGGCACCCCCAAUAUUGUAUAUUCAAAACUAUUCAUCUCGGCUGCUGAAGAAGAUAUCAAAAGUGGUCAACUGGAAACAUUUUGCACAUUUUAUCAAUUUACCACUUUAGCUGAGAUACAUAGUUUUGAAUGGACAAUGUUGGUAUGCUUUGUAAGUAGUUUCUGGAAAAGUCAAAACUUCUUCUUAAAAACAAAUAGUCCCAUACGGAACCUCAAUAAUUCACAUCUUCUCAAAAUCAUGUUUGGAUCGCAGACAACUCUAACCAAAGUUCAAUCGCUCCAAAAUGCAAAACAUUUCGUAGAUUGUUCGCCCACGUCAUCUCCAGAAUUAUAUACUUCGAUCUCGACACUCUGUGAACGAAAGUAACUUUGGGAGCUGAAGUGGGAAGACUUGAGAAUCACGAGACACUCUCUCUCUCUCUCUCUCUCUCUCUCAAAGCAGUUGAUUAGAAAAUGAGUGAGAAAAUCAAAGAAUAGAGUUGGAAGUGCAAAGGCUGCGCACGUCAUCUUCCAAUCUUCGUUUCAGGAGACGUCCACUUCUGGUGCGACGCCUACGGUCUCUUCGGCUUCUCGGAGACGUUUGAUGUGUUCGGAAGAAGUGCGCCGAGCAGAAGGAACCAAACAUGGUGAGCGGCUGAUGUGCAGAUGAGCGAAUUCGUCGGCGAGCAGGAACCAAAACAUGUUGUCCGGUUCCAUCUGCUGGCGUAAUCGGGUGGUCCGACCGGAUGUUCGAGUUCGGAAAGUUAUUGCGAAAAAAGCGAUUUGACAUUGCCUAUUUCGGGCAGACACACCUGAAUAGUUCUCGGAAUGCAAUUCGAGAAAACUUUGAACAUGGAGUCACAAAUUGGAGUGGAAAUGGUGUUGUGUUGUUUUGCUUUCGCUUUUUGGCAAAGUUGAAAGCUAAAACGAAGAUUAUCCUUUUCAAAAUCAGCCAUUCACACAUUUCAUGUUCCAUUUGCAGGUACAUCAGAAACGACGGACUUUAUCUGGAGCACGAGACGAACAGAGCCCGUGAAUGGCAGUGGAUCUACCCUCCUCUCGACGCCUACGCCAUCGACAGUCUCGACGCGCCCGACAUCGCGGCACUUCCCACUUGGGUCCCCUUCUAAUCGGUCCCUCUUAAAUAUUUACUCGUUGUGAUGUCAGAUCGUGAAAUGAAACCUCAAUUCUCUAACUUUUUCGCUCGAAAAAAGUGUAAAAGUGUCGGAAGAGAGUGCAAACGUUUGUUUGUCCAAACUGACCCCUCCACCAGUGUUCUCGGUGCGGGAGGGAGGGGACGAACAGAAAGAGAGGCCUGAAGUUCGCAAUUAUCUCCGAAUGCUUCUUCAUGUUUUCAUGAGACGAAACGUCGGCGUCUCCGCACAUUAAACACUUUCUCGUGGGGCAAUCAAAGCUUUAAGUCGGGGCACGAUAAGUCUUUUUCUCUUUUCAAAUAACCAAGGAGUAUGACCGGCGGAUUGCGCGCCGAGGGAUUCGAGACGGAGAGAAACGGACGGACGCGACGGGGUGUCAAGUGGGAAAAGGCGCCGAGGAGGAGAGGAUCACGAAAAAGUGAGUGACGACCCGUCGAGUGUUAUUAUUUUCAUUAUUUUAUAUCAUUUUUGAAAUCGACAAAGCAUGAGGAAUCUCCCCAUCCUCCUCACGUUAACCUUCCUCGUCGUACAGUCCGAUGGCAUCAUUGGGGUCAGUGACGGACGUGCUCCGGCCUGUCAGCUCCCCCCAUUCACUAACCUGUUACCACUGAACUCCCGAAGAGAACUGAGGAAAAUAUGGGCAGGCUUCCAUUCGACGACGUCAGCGAAAAAGUGCGAAAGGUACGUUUUUUCUUGCAUCUCAUUGUCGGAAAUGAUGUGAAUGUUUCCAGGCAACUCGCACAAACCAAAGAGCUCAUAGCCGGAUUGUCGGAAGAAAUGAAACUGAAGAUAUUGGAUUGGGACCGGCCGACCACGAACCCGACGGUGGAGCGGAGAGGGACCAACUUCCUGGCGGGGCUGUCCGAACAACAGACCAAGAUAUUUUCCGAGGUAUCGUGUUUCAAAUUGAGCAAGAAAUGAAGCACUUGUUCAGAUAAUGGCCAAUCGUUCGAUAACUCACGAUUUGCGUUAUGAUCUUCUCAGGAACUGGGCUUCCGAGUAUUUGGAUCUAGAUGCGAUCAGCCAAGUGGAACAGUUCAUAACUUUUCAGCAGAGAAAGAACAAGAGUUUCAAGCAAAAGGUUGACAAGUUAUCGUCGGAAGCCAGAAUCGCUCAUGAUCGUCUGGAAUCGUUGCGUCUCUUGAAACAAGACGUUUACAGUAAUCUGUCUGAGAGCGCCAAGAAUGAGCUGGCUGGACUAUACAGGUAAUUCCCAAAAACUAAAUUUCCGUUUCACCACCAAAAUGUUUCAGAGCAAAAUGCCCUCGUGGAAGUAUCUACGAAGCAAGCGACCUGGACGCGGAAGAGAUUCAGUUGGCGUGCUCAGUCGGUGAGUGAACUCUGUGCCGUUUCCAAACUGUUUCCUGUUUUCCAGACGACCGUAUCCCGCUGUUCCGAACAACUACUGAAGUGGCCACGACAGAAGCACAAACAACAACAGAAGAGGCCACAACUACCACAGCGACAACAACAACAUCUGCAAGUACGACAAUACCCACAACUACCAGCACCACAACUCCGACCACUACUCCUUCGACAACUUCCACAACCUCAACAACCUCCACAACAACCGCAACACCAACAACCACUACAACACGAGCAACUACGACAACUGAGCACGAUAGCGACGACUUUUUAUGGGUGAGAUUGACGACGACUCCACCUCCGGCAACGACUCGAGAACCGGAAGGAAGGCUUUCGUUCGAAAUCGAGAAGAGCAACAACACAGUGCCGUUGAUCCCCUCAAGACCCCAUCAAGUGGCCUCGAUGUUUGUGGCCGACCCGGAUAAGUUGACAGACUUACUCAGGAAAAUAUUCAAUCAUCGGAACAACGACUGA